CGGUAAACGCUAAGGUCGUCUCGCCACCGCUUCCUAGGUCGCCCACGACGACGCCUACAUAUGUCUAUGUCUGUUAUAUGUCUAAAAAAUAUAAUAGACGAUGAGCCACUGGAAGGUCUAGAAGGGCUACAUUCAGAUGAGACGGGUUCUGGAGACAACUCGAACGCGGGCUCUAGCGGGGCUGAUGACGACGCCGCGCGCCUCCGCCUCAAACGCAAGCUGCAGCGAAACCGGACCAGCUUCACUAAUGAACAGAUUGAUAGCUUAGAAAGAGAAUUUGAAAGAACUCACUAUCCAGACGUGUUCGCUCGCGAGAGACUUGCCGCCAAGAUAGGACUGCCCGAAGCUAGAAUACAGGUGUGGUUCUCGAAUCGGCGCGCGAAGUGGCGGCGGGAGGAGAAGAUCCGGUCGCAGCGUCGCAGCCCCGACUGCGGCUACAGCGGCGCGCCCGCGCACGCCCCGCACGCGCCGCACGCGCCGCCCGCGCACGUCGCGCACGUCGCGCACGCCCCGCACCAGCCCUACCAGCCGCCGCUCAAUGUUGAUACUUACAGCCCGCUGACCCCGAUGGGUUACGGCGGCGGUAUGGUGGAGACUCCAGUGUGCGACUCGACGGACUCCGAGCUGUGUAAGGGCGGAUUCCUGGGCUACCCGCGCUACGAGCUGGGCUACCGACAGCCGCCGCAUCCCUAUGUCAACCACCACGGAUACCAGCACGAGCCCGCGUCGCCACCGCCAGAGCUAGGUGGUCUCCUAGGAACGGGCGUGUCGGUCCCGCUGGCGGUGCCAGGGCAGGACUCGCAGCAAUACUGGUCGCGCCUGCAGUGACCCUGGUGGAACUAGCCGAGAACAUCACAAGCUAUCUAAUCAUCUAUUUAUAUUUACCAACUGUUGCAUUGUUUCUGAGCGUUAUGUGCCUACUGAUCUUUUUAGUUUUCAUGAUUGAAGGCAUCUACUGUAAUGGUACCUACUCUUGAUUCAAAGCAAGAUUGAGUAGCGAUGGGAUGUUAUUAACGACGCUGUGUUAGCGCCUUUCAAAAGUAGUUCCAACUCGUACCACUGCUGGAAUUGGCGCUAGUGUCGCUUUUCAAAGUACCAAAUCUAUCUCAAUUCGAUUCAAACAGGACUCGUUUCUGUCGUUCUGCUACUGAUCCUGAAUUUUAGCACAAAGCAUAUACGGAUGUGCAAACGUAUGUGAAAAUCCGGAUAGAGCAGUACUGCGGGAGACUAAACCACAAACUUGGUAAACGCUAUUCCAAAGGUAACGCUCAUAGACAAAAUUUAACCCUUUUCCUAACUAGAUUGUUUUCGACCUUGCAUUUGUGAUCAAACGUAGGUGUUGUGACAUACCUACACAAUUAUGCUCAUUCAUUAUUUUCUUGUCACUUAAAAUCAUUUUUUUUACACAGCACUGAUGAGUACUUUCAUCUUUAAUUGUAGUAUUAAAAAGUGAUGAAAGUAUUACAUUUGCCUGAACUACCCUCAUUUAAAAAUGUUUUUUUUUCGAUUUUGAUGGCAAUAUUCCCCCUUUUCAGUACGUAUGAUUGUGUAGAUAUGAAAACAGUUUUUUCUUAACCAAUUAGAUUAAUGCAAUCGUGCUAGUACCCACAAAACUGGUAUACGUAAGAUGUUGUAUGCCUAAAGAACAAUCGUCUGAAUAAUUAUUGUACUUGUGUCAUAGAUAUAGUUUUAAUUUAUAAUUUCUUGUGCUUCACGGUGAUAUUUCGUUCACAACUUCAUUUAUACUGAGAUUAGAAUACUAACAUAUAGUAUAAAGAAUUAACAUAUCCACUAGAUGCCACAAAACAGGACUCUGAGCACAAAGCAUAGGCUCAAAUUGUAUUUAUAUAAAUUAGAAUAUUUCAUUCAAAACAUUUUACUAAACCUCUAAUAGAUAUUCCAUACAUUCACGUUAUCGAUGCACAUGUAAUGAUGUAUCCGUAGCUCUUUGAAUGAAAUAAUUUAAUAAUUCGGUGUAAGUGUUAAAAAAAUAUUUUAAUAACAAAUAGUUAGAUAGGUAAGAUUAGCAUUUAACGAGUAUUUAAUUGUGUAUAUUUGUUGUAAAUGUUUAAAUUUAAAAUGAAAUUCGAAACAUGUCACAUUUGGACUACUACUAGCAAUAUUCUUGCUAGCUGAAAAAAAUGUAUUAAAUUUAUUAAUAGGUACAACUUCUAUUGAUUUCUCACAAUAUUACUGCUACUGUUUUGAAGACUAGAGAAUAUUAUUAGAAUUCAUAGAGGCUUUGUUACACAAAGAGAGAAGAUACGUCAAUCAAAUACCAUCAUUGUUGGGCUAAAGAGAUUUAUCCUUAAACUAGUAGAAUGUACUACAAAUAACAUUAUCCUAGUCUUGGUGUAACACUGCCUUACCAAUGUAGUGAUAAACUUUAGGUAUUUUUUUUUUUAUAUGAAAAGACAGGGCUUCAUAUUUUUAAGUGAAUGUGUAAAUAGUUAAUUUCGUGUUAUUGUAUUUUUUUUGUGAUUAACUGGAGUACAAGUCAUAAGCGCGCAAGUCUGAUGCUUAAAGCUUAUUUUUAACUGAUUACUACAGUCUUAUUUCAAUUCUAGACCUUACUGGUACUGUUAUAAGGAUUUUUUUUUACAACAAACUUAGUUUUUUUCUAGAAAAUUAUUAGUAGUUUAUUUUACAACAAUUUAACACUAGCUAGAUGCAACCUCGAAUUGUUAAUUUCGAAUUUACAAUUAGUUUUUAAUGUGUAUAUGUAUUGAUUAUAAAUAAAAAUGUGAAUAAUUGUGUGAUGUCGAUAAAACGUUUUAAUAACAUUAUAUAAAUACACUUUUGGAUCAAAGCAUUUGGCUGU